AUGACGGGGUGCAUGGGAGAUGAGAGCAAGAUGGAGUUGCAAGGCUUUGUGGAUCUGAUAGGCGCUGCUAUCAGAAACACCGUUACAGACUCUGCAAAUGUACUAUCACUGGGAGAGGAUGGGCACAUGAAGUUGAUCAAAGCUUUCAUAGAGGCGAACCAAAACUUCUCCAAUGCAAAGAUGGAUAGUUAUCUAUUUACUAGCCGGUGUAGGUUCCCCUUCUAUGAAAUUGAUUUCGGUUGGGGAAAGCCUGUUUGGACAAGUCUUGUCAGCAUGCCUGUGAAGAAUUUUAUAUGUCUAAUGGACAACAAAGAGGGUGAUGGAAUUGAAGCAUGGGUGCUCUUGGAUGAGAAAGACAUGGUUAACUUCGAACAGGAUCAGACCAUUAGAGCCUUCACCACUUAA